AUGUCAUUUGUGAAUAUGAAAGGGAAUACAGCCGAAAAUGAAUUUAUAGACCUCUACAUCCAAGCAAAUUCUUCAAAUGGACUUGAAAUCAUAGUUCUGCUAGAAGAACUGGGGGUUCAAUACUGCAUUUACCGGGUUCAUCACAUCGAAGAAAUUGAAGAGGAAAGAUUGCGUUUUAUGGAUAUUCACAGCCAUCUUCCCAUCUUAACCGAUGUGCACCCUGAUGGCCAGAGAUUCCGAAUUCAAGAAACUGGAGCUAUUGCCCAAUACCUGAUAGCGCACUACGAUGCCAGUCGUACACUUUCUUACCCUCCGUUAUCCGCAGAAGAUAUUGAAGUCAACAAUUGGCUGUUCUUUUUGACUUCGCGAUUGGGACCAAACCACGAGGAAGCUGUUCACUUCUUUGAAGCCCCGGAAAAGAUACCUUACGGCACCUCACAUUUUGUAGACAAAACAAUGCAGCUAUACCUCAUCCUUGAGAGGCACUUGCAAAAGUCUGGGACCCUCUAUAUGGUGAAUAAUAAAUGUACAGUUGCCGAUAUUGUUCAUGUGCCCUAUGUUGCCGGGGCAAAGUCAGCCGGAAUCGCCAUUGAACAAUUUCCAGCUCUUGAAUGCUGGUAUGGGCGAAUGGCUCGACGUCCUGCUAUUGCAAAAGGAUUCGGGAUGCUAAAGCAACACGAAUCUGGUCAUAGUAAUGGCGCAAGGCCUUUGGAGUCUUCCAGAACUGAGUGA